AUGACUCAGUUUCCGAAACCUAUAAAAGAUUUGUUCACCAAUGGGUGUUCAGGUUGUGUGACCAGAUGUCGGGAAUCGAGAAAGCUGAUAUUAAUCAUAGUCUUUAUAGCCUUAUUUUUAGAUAAUAUGUUAUUAACCGUUGUUGUCCCAGUUGUGCCAAAUUUUCUACGAAAGCUGAAUCCAUUUCCAACUUUAAAUGUGUCUAAAAAUGUGACAGUUUACAAAGCACCGAGUUAUGAAAUAGUCUGUUUUAACGACAGUUUAAGCCCCAGUGAUGACCAUUACAUGUGGAAAGGAGUGACCUAUUUACCUAAAUUCCCAGUGUCCUCAAAAUUAGCUCCCUUUAAUGAAAAAUAUUGUGAAAAUAGAACUAUAGGAGGUCAUAACGUUACUGAAACGUUGUACUAUACUACCGAAAGACAUAGACAUAACCACCAAGAGUUGGCUGAUGAAAAUGUGCAGGUUGGAUUAAUGUUCGCUUCUAAAGCCAUUAUUCAACUCAUAGCUAAUCCAUUUAUUGGACUUAUAACAAACAGGAUAGGAUACAGUAUACCAAUGUUCACUGGUUUUUGUAUAAUGAUGGUUUCUACUAUUAUUUUUGCCUUUGGAGAAAGUUAUACGGUAUUAUUUGUGGCUCGUACUAUUCAAGGCAUUGGUUCAUCUUGUUCCAGUGUCGCAGGCAUGGGGAUGUUAGCUGAAAGAUACCCUGAUGAUAAAGAACGUGGUAAUGCUAUGGGUAUAGCUCUAGGUGGUUUAGCUAUGGGCGUUCUCAUUGGUCCACCAUGGGGCGGCGUCAUGUAUGAAUUUGCAGGAAAAGAGGCACCGUUUUUAAUUCUUGCUUUUCUAGCCUUAGUCGAUGGAUGUUUACAGUUGCUAGUUCUACAACCCUCAGUAAAACCUGAAUCACAAGAAGGGACGUCAUUUAGAAAGUUAUUAUCAGAUCCUUAUAUAUUGAUAGCUGCUGGAUCUAUUACAUUCGCAAACAUGGGAAUAGCCAUGAUGGAACCAUCAUUACCAAUCUGGAUGUAUGAAACAAUGCAUUCUGAAGAAUGGGAACAAGGUGUUGCCUUUCUGCCAGCCAGUAUCUCGUAUCUGAUCGGAACUAACAUAUUUGGACCAUUAGCUCACAAGAUAGGAAGGUGGUUAAGUGCUUUUAUUGGAAUGGUAAUGAUUGGUUUAUGUUUAAUUGUGAUACCAUUUUCAACCAAUAUAGGUCAUCUGGUAGCGCCUAAUUUUGGAUUAGGAUUUGCUAUAGGUAUGGUAGAUUCGGCUAUGUUACCACAUAUGGGCUAUUUGGUAGAUCUUCGUCACGUGUCUGUAUAUGGUAGUGUAUACGCUAUAGCUGAUGUUGCUUUUUGUAUGGGAUUUGCUAUUGGUCCAGCUAUAAGUGGUACUAUAGUUAGGGAUGUAGGUUUUCAAUGGAUGUUAUGGAUAAUAGCAAUAGUUAAUAUAGCCUACGCACCAUUAUUAUUUUUCUUAAGAAAUCCUCCUGCAAAAGAAGAAAAAAUGUCGUUAAUAAUGAAUGAUCAAUGCCCAGUUCAAUAUGUGACGUAUAAUCAGACGACACAUAGUAAUAUGAACUCUGAUGAAGAGACGGAUUAUUUAGAGUAA